AUGGAUAGUGAUCAAGAAUCUACCUUCUCAUCUUCCUUAUCAUCUUCUACCUAUUCAUCUUCGUCCUUGUCAGACAAUGCUAUUCAUUUGAAUCAAAAUAUGUAUCAAACAAUUAAAAAAGAAGUCUUUAUCUGGGUAGAUUCUGAAUUAAAGGAUAUAUAUGAGAUCAAUAAUGAACGUACGUGGCUUGAGCAAAAAGAAAAUAUAAUUACAAAAUUACUUCUACCGCUUUAUAAGUUAGUCAACAAAAAGUAUAAUGUUUCGAAUAGUGAUAUCUUAAAGAUGUUACAUGGACGUUGGCAUUCACGCCAUCAUGUAAGCAAUAUAAAGAAGCAAGGAGGUGACAAAGUGAAAAUGGAUAGGAGGAGAUUAAAGAAGAAUUCAAGAACUAUGGACAAAAAAAAAAGAAGAGCUCAAGCGGCAAACUAUUUAAUAGAAAAUAAUAAUAAAUACAUUUGUAGAUACCCGGAGAAGGAGCUUGUACGAAUUCUUAAGGAAUCUGGUACACGCACUUGCGACACACUUUUAUCACGACAAAUCGAUGUUUCAAGAGUUCAAGCCAAAUCAAUAUACCUAUUUGCUAGAUUUCGACAACAACUUUCUGAUAUGUUUUGUCAACCUGAAUUCGAGAAAUCCCUCUGA